AGCCACCACUCCUGCGACGCCACCAUUUAAAAGGGAUUUGUUGCGAGGACUUCUCCAGCUUUGCAGGUUUUUAUCUCUCCAGCAUUCUAUCUUGCAGAGGAGUCAGCGACGGCGACGGCUGGGGAGAGUAAGACAAGGAAGCGUCGGCAGCUGGAGUCAAUGCCGCCCUUUGGCUCUCCGGGAGGAGCGUCCCUGCCCGGAUGAGAGUCCGCCGUGUGUCUCCGACUGUCCCCUGGCGGGAGCGCGGCUCGGAAGAUCGUGGCUGCUUUGCCUGGACCGGUAGGAUGUGGUGAAAUGAUGGGGCUUCUCCCUCCGGAGAUUCACAAUGGCCAGAGAAGAUUCCGUGAAGUGUUUGCGCUGCUUGCUCUAUGCCCUCAAUUUGCUUUUUUGGUUAAUGUCCAUCAGUGUCUUGGCCGUUUCUGCUUGGAUGAGGGACUACCUGAAUAAUGUUUUGACUUUAACUGCAGAAACAAGGGUAGAAGAGGCAGUCAUAUUGACUUACUUCCCAGUGGUUCACCCGGUCAUGAUUGCUGUUUGCUGUUUCCUUAUCAUCGUGGGAAUGCUGGGGUAUUGUGGAACAGUGAAAAGAAAUCUGUUGCUUCUUGCAUGGUACUUCGGAACGUUACUUGUCAUCUUCUGUGUAGAACUGGCUUGUGGUGUGUGGACAUACGAGCAGGAGGUUAUGGUGCCAGUACAGUGGUCAGAUAUGGUUACUCUGAAAGCCAGAAUGACAAAUUAUGGCUUACCCAGGUAUAGAUGGCUUACACAUGCUUGGAAUUUUUUUCAGAGAGAGUUUAAGUGCUGUGGUGUGGUGUACUUCACUGACUGGCUGGAAAUGACGGAGAUGGACUGGCCUCCAGAUUCCUGCUGUGUUAGGGAAUUCCCAGGAUGCUCCAAGCAGGCCCACCAGGAAGACCUCAGUGACCUUUACCAAGAGGGUUGUGGGAAGAAAAUGUAUUCCUUUUUGAGAGGAACCAAACAGUUGCAAGUGCUAAGGUUUCUGGGGAUCUCCAUUGGUGUGACACAAAUCCUGGCCAUGAUUCUCACCAUUACUCUGCUCUGGGCUCUGUAUUAUGAUAGAAGGGAGCCUGGGACAGACCAAAUGCUGUCUCUGAAGAAUGAUACUUCUCAGCACCUGUCAUGCCACUCUGUGGAACUGUUAAAACCAAGCCUUUCAAGGAUCUUUGAGCACACAUCAAUGGCCAACAGCUUCAAUACACACUUUGAGAUGGAAGAAUUAUGAAGAAUGUCAAAGAAGGAAAUCACAAACCUGUGGCACUCAUGAGUUUGGGGGUACACAGUUAUCUGUUUCAGGAAGCGUUAAACAUAGGGAUAUUCUGCAAAAGAUUUUCUAAGCAGAUAAUUUCCACUUUCUUUAAAACAAAGAAAAGUUGGUGGCAGGCUUUCUUGAACCGCCAGCCCCGAACCAUGACAUGGAGAUUUACUAGUUAUGAAGGCUUGGCCUUAUCUUAUGCUUGCCCUACUAGCUCUUAUACCUUAAUUUAACCUGUUUCUCUUCAUCUACGUUUUGCCUAGGGGCUUUUUGCCUUUCUUUCAGUCUGUAUGUCCUGCUUCUUCUGUGUCUGGCUGGCAGGUGGCUGGCUGGCUGGCUGGCUGACCCCAGGCAUCUCCCCCUCUUUCUCCCAUGUUCUCUCCCGUCUUCUCUCUCGAGUCUAGAUCCCUCCUCUUGUUCUCUCUGUCCACCAGCCAUGCUCAUCCCUCUUCUGCCUAGCUAUUGGCUGUUCAGCUUUUCAUUAGACCAAUCAGGUGCCUUAGGCAGGCAAAGCACCACAUCUGUACACUGUUAAACAAACGCAGCAUAAACAAGUGUAACACAUCCUACAGGGUUAAAGUAAUAUUCCACAACAAAGGUUCCACAUGUUAACACACAGACAAUAAUUGGUGCCCUUCAAAAUGCUGAGGGUAGUGCUAAUAACCACUGUGUAUAUUUUCCUUUUAGUUUUUUUUUUUAGCACAAUGGUAUUUUGAGGUGAUGCAGUUUGACAAUCUUUUCUGUAUCCUUUCGUGGAAAUGAAGCAUUCGUGGUGGUGGCACUGGAGCGACUGUGAAGAUUAACUAACUUCCUCUCGCUAGCCUGUAAACUCUCAGCUGACUUAUACUGUAGGAAUUUAAACAGUUCUAAUGAUCUUUAUUACCUGAUGAUGUGUUGUUUGAGGAUGAUUAUAUACAUACAUAUAUAUAUAUAUAUAUAUAUAUAUAUAUAAUCCUGUCAAGAUUGGUGACUACCUAAAUAUGGUUUUUGUUGGUUAUUAAAAUAAUCUUAUUAACACUUUGGAAGAACUAACACAUUGUCUUAAACUUAUCAGGGAUAUGUAUGUAUAUAAGUCUGUGCUGUGUCUGUAUAAUUCAGUAGUUUUCAGUUCUUAUAAUGUUAUUAAUAACGAUAUUUGAAGAUGAUGCAUUUGUCUUAAAUGACACCAUUACUUUUUGUAUUUCCCACCAACAGAGCUUUUAAAUUCUGUCUUGGAUCUGUAUUUACAUCUGUAACUGUUAAUUUAAGUUCUUAACCACUAAUUUUGGAAAUUACUGGUGUGAUACAUAAGAAUCAUUGUAACUCUGGCUGCAGGAAGUAUUAACUAUGGAAUUUACACAUAGUUGAUUCAGCAGAAAUUUGGUUGCUUUUUUCUCCCAAGUGAGAAUUCUUCUUGGCAAUAAACAUUCUGUCAAAGAGCUUAGAUUUUCCUUUUGCAAAAUAGAAGCGACAGUAGUGAAGUCGAUGUAAUUUUAUGGAGAAACAACAUUAUCUAAAAUGAUAGAUUAACUAGAGGGAAUUUUUGCUUUAUUUCACCAAUUAAUAUAGUUUGGCAAAUUACACAGAAUAUUAAUUUUUUACAGAAGCAGAAGAUAUUUAUUUGAAAUGGGAAAUGUGCAUUUUACUGUAUUUUGUGUAUUGUGAUUAUUUCUUGGAUUAUGGAAAGAAAAUUAAUACAGGUGUCAAUAAAUACUUUCUAGAGCA